AUGGGUUCGACUGUGAGAGUGAAACAAGAAGAUCCAGAAAGAGAUUCGUACAUCACUUUGAAAGUAGUGAGUCAACUCAACGAAUUGGAUCCGUAUUUCCGGGUGAGGCGUGAUGAACCGCUGCAACAGCUUAUGAUGAGGUGGAGUGGUCGGGCGGGAGUGGAUGACUACCGUACCUUUCGAUUUCUGUUUGAUGGCGAUAGGGUUCCUGAAAAUGAGACGGCUGAUGAGUUUGGAUUGCUGGAUGGCGAUAGUAUUGAUGCCAUGCAUGAUCAGGAUGGUGGUGGAAUGGGGACAGACCCAUAA